UGGCACAUGCCCAGCAUGCUUCCUCAGAGUGCAAUCGCCUCUAUCCUUCGGGCCUGGCUUGACCAAUGUGGAGAGGACUUCCGAGAGCCCCCUCACUUCCCUUGCUUACAGAAACUGCUGGACUAUCUCAAACGCAUGAUGCCAGGCUCUGACCCAGAGAGAAGAGCACAGAACCUUCUUGAGCAGUUUCACAAGCAGGAGGUGGAAGCGGACAAUGGGUUUGCCAACACCAUCUCCUGCCGCCUGGAAGAGGAAGAGGAACCGGAGGCCGGAGGGUCUGCAGAAUUCACGUGCUUCUCAGAGGAUCUUGUGGCAGAGCAGCUGACCUAUAUGGAUGCACAACUAUUCAAGAAAGUAGUGCCUCACCACUGCCUGGGCUGCAUUUGGUCUCAAAGGGAUAAGAAGGAAAACAAACAUUUGGCUCCGACGAUCCGCGCUACCAUCUCUCAAUUUAAUACCCUCACCAAAUGCGUGGUCAGCACCAUCCUGGGGGGCAAAGAACUCAAAACUCAGCAGAGAGCCAGAAUCAUCGAGAAGUGGAUUAACAUUGCUCAUGAAUGUAGGAUCCUGAAGAAUUUCUCCUCCUUGAGGGCCAUCGUCUCGGCACUGCAGUCCAAUUCCAUCUACCGGUUAAAAAAGACGUGGGCUGCUGUCCCAAAAGAGCGCAUGCUAAUGUUUGAAGAACUUUCCGAUAUCUUCUCGGACCAUAAUAAUCAUUUGACCAGCCGGGAACUGCUGAUGAAGGAAGGAACCUCCAAGUUUGCCAACCUGGACAGCAGUGUGAAAGAAAACCAGAAGCGGACGCAGCGGCGGCUCCAGCUGCAGAAGGACAUGGGGCUGAUGCAGGGCACUGUGCCCUACCUGGGCACCUUCCUGACCGACCUGACCAUGCUCGACACCGCUCUCCAGGACUACAUCGAGGGUGGGCUGAUCAACUUUGAGAAAAGGAGACGGGAAUUUGAAGUGAUUGCCCAAAUAAAGCUCUUACAGUCUGCCUGCAACAGCUACUGCAUGACCCCAGACCAGAAGUUCAUCCAGUGGUUCCAGAGGCAGCGGCUCCUGACAGAGGAAGAGAGCUACGCCCUGUCCUGUGAGGUGGAAGCAGCUCCGGAUGCCAGCGCCACCUCGCCCAAGCCUCGGAAGAGCAUGGUGAAGAGGCUCAGCCUCCUGUUCCUGGGGUCGGACAUUAUCACCAGUAGCACUCCCAGCAAAGAGCAGCCCAAGUCCACGGCCAGCGGGAGCUCUGGCGAAAGCAUGGACUCCGUGAGUGUGUCCUCCUGCGAGUCCAACCACUCCGAGGCCGAGGAGGGCUCCAUCACUCCCUUGGACACACCCGAUGAGCCUCAAAAAAAGCUCUCCGAGUCGUCCUCGUCAUGCUCCUCCAUCCAUUCCAUGGACACAAAUUCCUCAGGGAUGUCGUCCUUAAUCAACCCCCUCUCCUCCCCUCCGACCUGCAACAACAACCCCAAGAUCCACAAGCGCUCCGUCUCCGUGACCUCCAUUACCUCGACUGUGCUGCCUCCCGUUUACAACCAGCAGAACGAAGACACCUGCAUAAUCCGCAUCAGUGUAGAGGACAACAACGGCAACAUGUACAAGAGCAUCAUGCUGACGAGCCAGGAUAAGACUCCCGCUGUGAUCCAGAGGGCGAUGCUGAAGCACAACCUGGACGCGGACCCAGCUGAGGAGUACGAGCUGGUGCAGGUCAUCUCGGAGGACAAAGAACUCGUGAUCCCAGACUCGGCAAACGUCUUCUACGCCAUGAACAGCCAAGUGAACUUUGACUUCAUUUUACGCAAAAAGAACUCCACGGAAGACCCAGUGAAACUGCGGAGCCGGACGAGCUUGACCUUGCCCAGGACAGCUAAACGGGGCUGCUGGAGCAACAGACACAGCAAAAUCACCCUCUGAAGGGAGGGACUACCGGCCCCUUCCUUGCCCACAGCAGAGAGGGGCUAAGGACAGGCCGUGGUGAGUGCAGCUACCAUCCAGUGUUAGAGGAUCAUUGGUGAAGCCAACAGCUAUUUAUUGAGUACCUGCGGUGUGAUAGGCGCCGUGGGGAGAUUGGAGAUGAAUCUGAAAUGAAAGAAUGGACGAUUCACUGAUCCUCUUUGACCAAUUUGAGACUGAAAUGCAAAAUUACCCACAUUUAUAAAUACAUAUAACACAUAUUUGGUAUGUAUGUGUGUAUGUGAGAAUACAUGAGGGACUUAGAGGAUAUUCUGGACUGUGGAGAAACAAAUUUGCACAAUGGCCUGGGGAGUUGAGGUCACUUUUUACAGGGAAAUAGAAGGAACUGAGAACCCGGUUUCCUACCUGCCAAGUAAGUGGAUCCAGUCCCAGGAAUGCAGAGUAGUCCUCGUGCCAGUAUUAUGAGGAGCCCACACCGUUUUACAGGGAGAGGAGGGCUUUCCCGAUUAAGUGCCACCAGGAGAGAACAGCUGCAGAGGCUGCAGUGCCACGGGUUCCAUGAGAGGCCGCUUGGGAAAGGGUUUGGAUGAGCACGUGGCUUCCCCGGCCGACCUCUGCCUUCAUCCCGUCUCCUCGGCUCCAGGGAGGCAGGGAGGCCCAACCGACCCACUAGUCCAGCGUCAAGACACUUCUGGAAUCAACGUGAGCCCGUUUUGAUGUCUGUUUCCCCCUAACUCGCACAUCACAGUCCUCACUGCACAAGUAGCCAUGGUCUUUGGUAACCGGGGGGCCUUUUCCGAUUGCCUUUUGCAUGGAAAGCUCUGUGUCUGGAGCCUUUUGCAUCUGGGUGGCGGCACCUCCAUACUAUGUGCAAUUUGUUCCUCAGGUGUAGAAAGUUCUCCUGCGUUAGACUCUCAUUUGAUCAUUUUGAGCCUGUGAAAGAUUUCUAAGCAGCGACUGCGCCAUUAGCAGCCCCUGGGAAGGUGUUCCCUGCUGGCAGCUGUGUCCUGUUCUACGUUUAACUUGUAGCAUUAAAGUGCCUCCUCAUGGGGAGAGAAGCGGGCUGCGCGUGUCACCUAAAGCAUUUCUAAAGAGGUACAUUCUUCCACAUGGAAUCAAUGAGGUUUUUGUUUUUUGUUUUUUUAGGUCCCCACUCUUGCUAUCACAGCGUUCCUGCUAAGUGACUUUUUUUUUUUUUUUUUUUUUUUUUUUUUUUUUUUGGUCUCUAGUAACACCAUCAACCUCUCCAUUCCAAAUCUGAGCUGUGCUGGGGUUUGAACUAAAAAGCCAUAUUUGAGAUGUUGACAUGUGUAAGAAGCACUUUCAGAAUGUUGUCCUUUUUAAAAAAAAUUUCUCAAAAUACCAGAUUUCAUUCCAAAAAUAAAGAGAACGAAACCACACAUGAAGUGUAGAUUGUAGUACGGAGCUUCAUUUUUUUCCCUAAUCCUGUAAGACGGCUCCCAAAGGUUAUGUGAGAUUUAUGCUACGUAAAUGGCUAUGAAAUAUGUAAGAAACACCAGAAAAAGUGUAGAGACGGGGGCAGUGGACCAAAGAAUGAGCCGGGAAGGCGUCACCAUUCCUCUAGACCAGCGGUUCUCAACCUGUGGGUCGCGACCCCUUUGG